CGAUCCCCUGUUUCUGCACAAUUCCGACCAUCCAGGGAUGGUUCUCACUACGACGAAGCUAACAGGAAUGAAUUUCAUUCCAUGGAGCCGAUCAAUCAAGAUAGCCUUGAUCUCCUAGAUGAAGAUAGGAUUCAUCAAUGGAAAAUGCAGAAAACCAGAUCCAGAUGAUCCAAGCUAUGCGCAGUGGGAGCGCUGUGACAACAUGGUCUUCAGCUGGAUUCUAAAUUCAAUACAAUCAGAUCUAGCAGAAGCCUUUCUAUAUGCGACAUCAUCUGAAGAACUAUGGAAUGAGCUGGAAGAGAGAUUCGGUGAAAGCAAUGGACCUCUGAUUUAUCAAAUCGAGAAGAAGAUCACAGAUAUAAGACAGAAUAAUGAUUCUGUUGGUGCGUAUUUCACCAAACUCAAGAAGCUUUGGGACGAGUUGGCUAAUGUAACUGAUCCAGCAGUUUGUGAAUGCAAUGGAUGCACAUGUGACGCCAAGAAGAAAUUGGCAGAGGCUGAACAGAAACGAAGACUGAUCAAGUUUCUGAUGGGCCUCAAUGAAGGUUUUGACACCAUCAGAGGCCAGAUAAUGCUCAUUGAACCUUUGCCAACAGCCACGUAUGCUGGGACUGAUAACAUUGAUUCUCACAAUAUGGCCUUGUAUGCUGGGAAAGGACCUGGCCAGAGGCAAAAUGGAUACAAUAAGACAGAUCCAAGGAAGAACAGAAGAAUGUGUGAAUACUGUAAGGAACCUGGACAUUUCAAGGAUCAAUGCUUCAAAUUGAUUGGAUAUCCUGAGUGGUUUAAAGGUCCAAAAGGUAAGAAGGGACAAAAUUCAAAUGGAGGCACCAAGUUUGCAGCACACACCACAACACAAACUCAAGAAAUGCAGUAUGACACACCUCUGGAAGACAUGGGCAGUCAGAAGGGAGAAGGACACAUUGUUCAGAAUAAUCCUAUGUUUAUCCAACAUGUGGCUCAAAAAAUGAUGAGGAUGAUGUCUGAUAGAUCUUCUACUUCUGCAGAGAACGCUACUCUGAAUGCAUAUGCUCAUCUUGCAGGUAAGUUUUGUACCAUAGCCUCUAUUGUGUUGGAUUCACAUAGUGCUGAAAUUUGUUGUGUUGGGAGGAACAUAGUUGAUUGGAUUGUGCAUACUAGAGCUUCAAACCACAUGACUCCUUUUGAAGAUAUCUUGUUUGAUGUUUACGAAUUGCCUAAACCUAUAACAGUUACUCUGCCUGAUGGUAACCACAAGGCUGUAAACAAAGCAGGAAAGGUGGUUUUGUCUAGUAGUCUGAUUCUGAUGGAUGUCCUUUAUGUUCCUGAUUUUCGAUUCAGCUUAAUAUCUGUAAGCAAAGUGAUUGAUACUCAAAGGGUCAAUGCAGUGUUUCUAGCUGAUGAAUGUGUAUUUCAGGACCCUUCAACUAAGCAAAUCAUGGCAACUGCACCCAGAAGUCAUGGCUUGUACAAGAUGAGGAUAGAACACAAGGACAAUACUGAGUUCAAGAAACAUGGAAUGACUGCCAACACUUACACUCUUGAAUUGCUACAUGAUAGAUUAGGACAUACAUCCAUGUCUAAAAUGAAACAUAUAUCUGGUUGUAGUGUUGAUGAUCAACACAAGUCCAUUUUGAUCCCAAGGACACUUCUAGCUGCCUGCCAGUACCAGAAGUUGAAGAAGAUACACAAAAUCCUGUGUGUGCAGAUAAUCUGAGCAUGCAUUCUGAGAAUGCUCAAGUUCCUCAGCCAACACACUCAAAAGAAGUGCAUCCCAAUAAUAUACCAACAACCAUCAUUAAUGAUGAUGUUGUUUCUCAGCAGGUCAGAAGAUCAUCCAGAAUUAGUGCACCUCCUAUUUGGAUGAAAGACUAUGUUCAACCUGCAGUAAAGAAGGUGGCAUCAG